GAUUGAAUAAGGCGCAAUCGUGAUGGCAAGCAGAUUAAAAUGCUAGGCGGGUCCUUUUUUUUUUAUCUCCGGUCGCUAGACGAAUGAUACGGCAUGAUCGGGCUGCACAUGCAACCAGUGCCAGCGGGCGAAUGGGAAGGAGGUGCGUGCGAAAGUGGCCGACCAAUGAAGCCACGGUGCGAAACGCAAAACCCGUUAGCAAAAGGCUAGGUUGUAUUCUAGACUGCCGAAGUGCGGGGAACACCGACGUGCCAUGACAGCCUUGUGUGUUUGUCAAAGUGUUGUUACGAGGCGAGCGGGGGUACAAGUAGGAUGCUCCCUGCUCCCCGGAGGCAGAAUUCUUGAGUCCUUCGAGGAUUCCUUGAGAGUGAGGGUUUCGAUUGUUCAGGUUGAUAGGAUAUCUACAGCAUCAUGUCGUACGCGCCUAAGCGAAAAACAGAGGGCGGCUCUGAUCGACCCACGAAAUUAGCGGCGAGACCACGACAACCAGCCUUUCACAAUUUGAGAGAAAAAUAUCCUACGGUGGAAAAACUAGAGGAGCAUCUGAAGAGCUUGUCACGACCAGCGGUAGAGGCGCUCAUCCUCUCCGGAGCAUUCCCAGAGGCCGCCUCGGAUCUCCGCCACUGCGUUUACUGUCACAAAACCUUCCAUAGACUGGCCAACAGAGGCGGUUGCGCCGUCACACAUUUUAUAGAAGAACCCUACGAAUUUGGCGAUGAGGAGGAGACGCAGGAAUUCCUGUGCUGCGGCGCUAGAAUACGUUACUCGGAAUUCGACGAGCACGAGGACGAUCCCGCCGACAUGUAUCCAUAUUGCUACCAAGGACGGCACUGGGAGGUGGAAAUCACAACGGACGAUGAGAGUGAGGCGUUGAAGCAGAAUGAAGCAGAUGAGAUGGUUUCCGAUGAUAAUCCGCCGAGGAGAGGCUCGAGACCUGUUUGGUGGCGGGGAUGGAGGCAGAAUGGCAUGAGUUGUGAGGAGAUGAAGUGUAGGGAGGUCCAGAGGUAGGGUUUGUUGGGGAGGAGCGUUUAGGCGCUUGGAAAGUCUGUUAUGCACAUUGUGUUGUCUGCUUUGCUUGCUAUGAUUUGAUUUUGAAGUUGUGGUUAAUGCUUAGGAUGUGUGUGUUUGGGUACUUGGGAGGGUUGGUGGUGUUGGUAUGAAUUUUUUACUCGCGUUUU